AUGUCUUCGCUGGAUCGCUUCCCCCGUGGCCGGCUGUUUUCUGAGGAGGAAAUACGAGAAAGGGAAGCCACUCCAGGCCCAGAAGCGUACGACGUUGGGCUGGAAAACCGCUUGGAAGGGUGUUCUUUUGAAAAGAUGUACGGGUCAUUGGAGACGCUCGCGUCUUGGGGUAGUCUGGGGGCUAGCAGAGCAGGGGGGGGGGUAUGCAGUAACGACAAGGUUGCUGCGGACGGUAUAGUACACGAGAGCGAGAAUACUAACAAGGGAACGAACAUUAGUAAGAGUGGGAACGGGGGAGUGGAGGAGGAAGGAUACGCCAAAGACCGGCAAUCAGUAGCGGAGCUGGCCGAACGAAAUUCUUCCCGUCGUUCUCACGCACCCUGUGUGGCUGGGCAGUCGACGUUGUCCUCGCCAGCGAAACUGGAGACCAACAGCGCUCGCCGCAGUAGCAACGGGCGGCGGCAGCACUGUUCUCGACUAUCACCGGCAUCGUCGGUGGCGGCUUGUCGCGGCGUGCCGUGUCCGGACUGUGCGAGCGUCGAGGUAGCCACCGCCGCGGGCACCUUCGCCGCCGCGUCCGCCUCCCUGUCAGACGCGAACCUGUUCCGACGGGCGAGGACGAUCGGCGCAAGCGUCCGCUUCGGCGACAUGCCCCGCCUCCGCAGCGCCCCGGCCUUCACGAUCGGCAGGGGCCAGAGGGACGUCUCUUCGCGGCUCCUCCAUACCACGCCAGCGGAAGCACUCUACAAGGAGGACCGUCUUGGGCGGAGCGGGAAGGGGCCAACGACGGCCUCUCCCCGGGCGGGAGAACGACUCACCAGACCCCGGCCGAUUGCGGCGAGAGUCGUCCUCCCGAAACAGGGUCCACGCGCUUCCGCGGGGGGGGGCUCGGAGGGAGGAAAAUCGUCGGCGGCGGCGGGGGGAGAAGGAGGGAUGGAGGUUGCCGAGAGAGGGGUGAUCGUGGUUGAUGGGGCUCUUGGAACGCAGGUAAAAUCCCGCCGACCCACCAGCCCUAGCUUUACCCUAGCGGGGCCGCGGCGUGCGGCAACCCUGUUCCACGAGCGGCUUCGGUACGAUGGAAAGGCGCUGUCUGUGAGGCAACAAGAUCAAGCGCAGCCAAAGAUCUUCUUCAAUGCCCACGUUCCACCAAUCAAUGCAGAAGACGAGUGA